UACAACUUUCGACGUGGAUUAUCACGACAAAAGUGCAUCGAUGAACUAAAAUCUUUGUAUGGCUAUGAAGCACCAUCCUAUAGCACUGUGAAAAACUGGUACAACGAAUUCAAUCGUGGCCGACGCUCGCUCAAAGACGAAUUCCGUGAAGGUCGUCCAAAAACAGCCGUUGUGCCAGAAAACAUCGAUGCCAUACGUGAACUGAUAAUGCAAGACCGUCAUGUAACAUACCUUCAGAUAGAGGCAUGCCUAUGCAUUUCGCCCACCAGCAUACAUUCGAUAUUGCAUGAACACCUGGCCGUAAAAAAGGUUUGUUCUCGUUGGAUCCCGCUCAAUUUGACAAUCGUUCAAAAAAAGGCUCGUGUGGAUUGGUGUAAAGAAAUGCUGAAAAAAUACGAUCGCGGUGCUUCAAAAGACAUUUAUAAGUUCGUCACAGGUGACGAAUCAUGGAUCUAUGCAUAUGAUCCCGAAACGAAACGC